CAGCCUUAUUGUUGGAUUCUCAAAGAUAUUCCAACCCAUAUGUUUGUGACAGUGUUAUGUGUUGUUGGGAAAACCAAACAAAUUUGAAUGAAACAUAAAUGAAUUUAAAUGCCAUAAAACGUUGAAAAGCGGAAGGAGCACACCACUCCAACAAAUAAACAUUAAAGCUGAAUGGGCAUAUUCCCAUUACUUCAAAUGCUUUUGCUAACUCCUCUGCUAUUGCUGUCUGGCAGUAGGCCCUUCUGAUUGAAGCACCACAGUGAUUACGAUCCAGAUGGUUGAGCAGUAUGAAGCUGGUUGUUUCUAUGAUCCUGACCGCACCAGUAAGGAUGAUGGCAUAUGAUCCAGAGUUCACUGAGGUGAAUUCUGCUCUGUUUGCAGAACUUAUGUCUGUGUACGAAUUGUAAUUUGUUUCUGUUGUGAAUACGGAUUCUGGACAUGUCAUACCUGAAUUUGAAGGAAGUCGUAGUUGUCAACACCAGGGAUGCAUCACUGCCAUCUCACAGUCCCAUGUGGAGAGGUUGUGAUUUUAUGUCAGAAUAAAAAUGGAAUCACAUGUUCCUAGAAAACGUAAACAGAGCCUAUCACUGACCAGAAGGCUGGAGAAAUGCCCACGUGUUGGAGAAAAUAACCCUCAAGAAAUUUUUUGUGUGGACAGUGACUGUGAAGUGGAUGAUGGGGACUGUGUUGUGGUGGCUGAAAAAAUCACUAUAAGGAGAGGAAGAUGUCAAAAUGCUGCUUGCCUAUCACCUGAAGGAACUAAACUUCAGAAAGCUUCCAGGCGUGUUCAAGAUUUUUAUGGGCACUCGUACAGGAAAGGCCGGGCAUGGAAGAUCUGUGAUGUAUGCCAUUCAAGGGCUGAAGAACAUUUAGGAAAAUUGAAAAAUAAAUUUAUUAACCGUGUGCCAAUUGUGGGAGGUCAGUACCCAUUUUAUGGUGAAAUGGUUGCGUUAGAAGAAGAAGAUUCUACCGAUGACGAUGAUGAGGAACCAUUGGAUGACACAGUGGCAGAAUUCAUGUCAAACUGUGCUUCAGAUAUGAUAAACACCAUUUUUGAGAAGUAUGACAUUAAUUUCCAACUGGAAGAGGGAGUCAAAAAGCUUCUUGAAGGAUAUGAAAAGGUUGAGAGUGAAAUAGAGGCUCAAAUAAAAUCAUGUGAGGAAGUAACUUCCUCAUUCCGUACUUCCUGUGAUGAAUUUUAUAAGGAGCAUGAGUCCAGCAGAGAGGUUUCUGACCAUUAUUACAUAUCUAAACUUUUGUGUGAUUGGUGA